GGUACCUAUCACAAUAGUUUGUUCAAUAGAUAUUUUAAUAUCCUUUCAAAGUUAUGUAUAAGUAAAACUGUUUUAUAGAUCCAAUACGAUAUAUAUAAAUGAAACUGUUCUUAUAAAUAUACGUAAGGUAUUAUUUCAAUUUAUUUUACAUAAUAAUCAAAACCAGUAAGUGACUACUAACCAUUUAAAAGUCCUCAAAAUGCCAAAACCUAAAGUGAACAAAUUAGCCAAGAUGUCGGAUGAAGAGCGAGCAAGGUACCUUCAGCUCCGCGCUGACAUGGAAGAGGAAGCCCGAAGAAGAAAGCGAGAGCUUAUAGCCAGGUUCAUAAAGAAUAAAUUGGAUAAAGAAGAAUCAUACAGUCGUAUGAACACGGCCAAAAUAAAUCAACAGUGGCGGUAUAUUUUACGAAAAAUCAAAUGUAAGCAAAUGGCACUAGAGAUACAGGGAAUGAUAACUAGCUUCAACUUCAUGAUAGAACGUAAGGAUCGUUUGAUAAAGUCACUGAUGGCCGCCAUCGAGGACUCUGAUGACCAGCAUCGCCGCGCCUUCCAAGCUCAUACAGAGACGCUGAGCUAUUUUUUAGGUGUAGGCUCUCAACGUCUCGAUAAAUUGCAAACCGAAUAUGAUUUUCAAAAGAACACACUACUAGAAAAUUGGGAUAAAGAAGAACUGAACAUAACUGAUGGUCAAGAUAGAUCUGAAAUGAAACUAAAAUUAAUAAUCUAUAUUCAAGAUCGUGACUUCCAAGCUUAUAAGAAUGAGAAGGAGUUACAGCGAGCAACAGCAAAAAAUGAUGCACGACUAGAGCAUGCUGAAGAUAUGCGCAUCCUCUGCCGACCGAAACGACUAGAAAUCGAGACGUACUGGGCAAAACUUAGGGACGUUUACAACACCUAUUUAGAACAACACCACCCUAUUAUGGGGCAUUAUCAAACUCUAAGGGAGAAAGACGACUUCUAUAGGAGAGAUAUCGCAAGAAACGAGCUCAAGAUUCAACAAUCCACUGAAAUUCUGCUGAACCUACAAAAAGAGUGGAUCCGCACAACAAAUACGAUGGCACAAAAAUUAAAGAAAAUGGCCAAUCACAAGGAAGAAUUGUCGAGGCGGUAUUGGCAAAUGAAGAAAGAUUCUAAUAUGGACAAAUGUAAAGGAAAUGAAAAACUAUCAAUUAUGGUUAAUGCAAGUCAAGAUGCCAUUAAACAACUUGAACAAACUAAGUCUAAAUUAGAUAAGAUUCUACAAAUGGCUGAAAUUUGUGGGAAAUAUGAACACAGCGAUGAUGAGGCGUUCAUGAUGGAUAUAGAAACUGAUGGAGCACCGGUCGAUUUUGAAAAUCUUGACGGGACGAUGAUUAACGAAUGUAAAGAGUACAGCAAAAUGGACAAGUUCAUGCUUAAAAUGAACAGAGUGAAGGUGCAGACUAUGUGCUUGAAAGCCGAGAAAGUUAAACUAACGAAAGAAAAUGUCCAACUGAAAUCGUACAUAAAGAGGUACCUGACGGAGCUGGCUUUGAGGGGCGGGAAGGACAGACCUCUUAGUGUGAAGCUGCAGUCUGAGAUGCAUAAGAUAGAUCCUUCCAUGAAAGUGUUAAACCGCCCAGUUACGUGCAUAGAAGGUGCUCUCUCCAAUGCUGUGAUGCAUGAAAAACGGAUGAAAACAUUUGAAAAGAGGAAUAAGGAGAUUGGUGGAAUUAGAGCAUACCCCCGAGUGCAGUGCUGGAUGGGGGCGUCAUAAUCUGUGCGGACGAGGGACUUGUUUACAGAGGUGGACUGCCAGUGGUUGUGAAGAACAUUCCAAAAACUAUAGCUUUAUUCUAUAUAUCUGUAUAAACAUAAGAUAUACAACUGCUUUCAACAUAAAAUGAUUAAUAUGAUGAAUUAUUUAUAUUGUAUGUUUAGUUCGUUAUCAUCAAAUAUAUUGUUUAUAUAUGUAUGUAUCUAUGUAAUACAAUUCUAUUUUUAUGUAUUUUUUUAUAGAUGAAAAUGGUAUGGUAACCCCGCCUACGCUAAUGGGAUACACUGGCGGAGCACCAGUGAGGGGUGAUAGAUGAGAAUGAAAACAGGCCAGUUAGCCCAUCAUGAUGAAUUCAUCAGGAAUUAACCAUGAUAGUUUCCAAGGAGAAGCGCGAGGAGGUCGACCUGGUUGGGUAUAUUGCUAGCAAUGGGAUUCUCAGUCUCCAUUACUAACAAUCCCUUUCCCGCCUAUUUUUAUGUAUUAAUUUAGUCUUACAGGGACACUUUGGGUUUGUUGCACGCGUCAUAUAGCCUAACUUCAGGCUGCAGUUGAAAAUCUGUGGUUUGCUUCUAAGCAAAACUAUCACUGAGCUGUAUCCUAUUUGGGUCAUUGUGACACACAUGGCGAAAACAUAUUGUCAUAUUUUAUCUUUUGUUUCAUAUUUAAAAAAGUGUAAUUAAUUUUGAUUGUAUGAACUCAUUUGUUAAUUUACAUGUGUCAUAAAUGGCUCAAAUAAGUGUUUAUCUAUCUACAAAGAAAUAUAAGACACAAACUUCAUCUGUAAACACUCUCAGUAUCCUUUAUAACCUGGGAUGUAGCUAAUAAAUAUCAUAUAAUAAUCAAGUGUAAUAAAUUAUGUGACAGGUGGGACAAUAUGUCCAAAAAAAUAGUCAGCUUUUUAGCAUAAUGAUAAAUAUAAAACAGAGUUAUUUAUAAAUAAUAUGUACUAAAUGAUGGGAUCAUACAUAGUUAGGUAAUUAAGAAACCUUUUUUAUAAUUCUGAUGUUUUUGUUCUCUCUUAUCAAUCAACUUAAAAAAGAAUGAGGUUCUUAAUUCGGCUGUAUUUCGUUUGUGUUUGUUACCUCAUAACUUUGUCAGUUCUAAACCGAUCUUGAAAAUUUUUAUCUGAAUGUAUAUACUUACAGAUUGGCACUCAUAAUCUAAAUUGGUCCAAUAGUUUUUCUGGUUUUGUCACAAUUGAAUUUUUUUGUGUCGGAUGCAAUCUUUAAUUAUAACAUAUCAAAAACAAGACACUUAUUGUAAGAAUAUUUAAUAAUACUUUAUUUUUUAACAUAAUCAUAUCUAGGGACUAUCUUUCAUUUUUCUAUAUAUCUAAUGUUGGAUAUUUUUUUGUGAAACAAUCUAUUUUGUAAUAAAAUUUUAUCAUUGCCUUGCCUUUGCC